UCUUUUUACACAGAACCCUGGACUUCAACAAACUGGAGACUCUUCCUCCUGAUAUAUUCCAUCGUUUCAAGUUAUACGAUCUGUGGCUGGGAAACAACAACAUCAAAAAGUUACCUGAAAACUUGUUUGCGGGGCAGGAUAAGCUAAAAUAUCUGCGGUUGGGCGGCAAUCAGUUGAAAGAGCUAUCACGUGAAAUAUUUCUUGAUUUGUCUGACUUGGAAGAAUUGGACUUGUCCUACAAUCAGUUGCAGUUUUUGCCCCGAGGGAUACUUAGCAAUAAUAUCAAGCUGACAGAACUGGAUUUAUCAAACAACGAAAUUCAGCGUCUGCCCAUGGAUGUUUUUGGCAACCUAACUCAGAUGAAAAAGCUCUUACUCUCCAGUAACAAACUUCAGCGCUUGCCAAGGUUCAAAAAUCUCUCCGAGUUGAAAAUAUUAUACAUGUAUAACAACAGCCUCGUACACCUGUCACCUGAUCAGUUCCAAGGCCUGUCCAAACUGGAAGAACUGGUUGUUUACGAAAACAACAUUAACUACCUGCCACGUGAAGUUUUUAAAGGCAUGAAAAACAUAAUGACUAUGAGCUUUUAUUUCAACAAUAUCCGCACCGUUACCAACGAACAAUUCAAAGAUGUCGCCCCAAGUAUUCGAUUCCUGUACUUCCAUUACAACGAAAUGCGAGAACUACCGGAGGGUUUCUUUUCAAACAUGAAGUAUCUAAUAACUGCGACUGUAGACACCAACCUGAUGUGUUGCCAUUUGACGAAGCAGGAUGCAGAUUGCGACUUUGCUUAUGUCGACAGCUUCGCCAGUUGUGAAACUUUGUUCAGAAAUCGAGCUCCUAGGGAGUGCCUUUGGGUGGUUGGAAUUAUGUCGUUGGUUGGUGCUGUGUUUGUCAUUGUGUGGCGGUUGGUGUUUAAGGAGAAGAAGAAGAAAAACAAGAUACAGUCCAUCAUGUUGAUACAUUUGGCUGGGGCUGAUGGACUUAUGGGUGUCUACCUCAUAACUAUAGGUGUGGUGGAUGCCAUUUGGGCAGGGGAGUAUUAUUUGCAUGACUAUUACUGGCGUUCAAGUUUGACAUGUCAGAUAACAGGUGCCAUUGCCGUGUUGUCAAGUGAGGUGUCUGUUAUGACGAUUUGUUUGCUCUCCGCCGACCGGAUGAAGAAUAUUCUAUUCCCCUAUCGUGGAAAGUCCCUUACACUUAAGGUUACGCACCUUUUGUGCUUCCUUAUCUGGAUUGUUGGUGUCAUAAUUGCAUUUAUUCCCACGGUGGGCUUCGACUACUUCGGUAGUCGCCAGAAAGGUCAUCACUUUUAUGGCAGAUCAGUUGUAUGUCUGCCAUUGCAGCUUUCCACUGAUAAGCCGUCGGGCUGGGAGUACUCUGUUGCCAUGUUUGUGGGUUUAAACUUUACCCUUGUGCUCUUUGUCGUUGUGGCAUACACGAUGAUAAUCUAUAAGUCCUGCGCAUCAAACAGGCGCAUGGCUCAGCAAGGGACUGAAAGAGAGAGGAGAAUGAAAGCCAAGUCAAGGGCAGCCGAUCUGAGGAGGGAGGCCUCGCUCGCCAAAAGAGUGUUCUUCAUUGUUCUUACCGACUGUGUCUGCUGGAUGCCUAUUGUGGUGAUUGGAAUGAGGUCUCUCGUGGAAAAAUCCUUCCGUACACCUGGUGACCUCGCAGUUUGGAUCGCAGUCUUUGUUCUGCCGGUUAACUCUGCCAUCAAUCCCAUUCUCUACACUUUAUCAACAGUACAGGUACGACGUGUUCUGAAGGCUAAAUUCCAACAGUUAUGGAGCUAUUUGGUGGAAAAGUGUGGACGAAAUCAAAACAAUGAAGGCCAAGAUCAGGGCGUUGAAAUGCAAGUCAUCGAAGAAGUUCAAAUCCAACAAGACGCAGAGAGUGAUGACAGCGAUGACAGCGAUGACAGUGACGACGAAUCGAGAGAUCAAAGCGAGCAUGAGCAAAACGCUGAGCAGGCCGAGCAUGAAGAGCCCGAGGAGAGAGCUGUGACUGAACAAGAAGAAAAACCCGAGGAAGACCACGAAGACCCAUCAGAGCUGAAAGACGAACCUAACAAACAAGAAGAAGAAUCAGAAAACGAGUUCAAAGAAUGCGAAGAGGAAGCGGAAGAUAACAUGGAACAUGGACCUGACAAACAAAAAGAACAACUAGAAAAGGAAUUCACAGAAUGCGAAGAGCAAGAGGAAGAUAACAUGGAAGAUGAGGCUGGGGAAGGCGACGAGUUAAUUGUGAAUAAGGAUAAACACCAAGCAGAUGAUAAUCUCCCAGCAGCCUCUGGGCGAGAGUCUCCAAGAGCACCGCUGGCCACGUUUGAUGAUGACUCCGACCUUGAUUUUUUUUACCCAGCGCUCGAUGGUAUAAAAGAAACGAGUGUGUAAACAACAACACUGUAUUCUCAGAUGAGUGCAUUCGUUAUGUAAGAGAAGUACAUGUACCUUAAGUGUUGCAUUUUUUUCUUGUUUAACAAAUUAACUUUAAAAUCGAUUGCGUAGGUAGGUGUUUGGCCCCUGUAAUGACUUUGAAAUACUUCAACAAACAGUAGUUUUCGU